AUGGGCGAACAGCGGUCGUCAUCAUUACGCGGCGGUAGUGUAUUGAAUCGACCGAAUCUAAAGUUAAAUUUUCCACCGAAACCAGAUCUGGUCACAUCACCACAAUUAGAAUAUUUACGGUCACAUUCCACCGGACAAUUGAAAUUCUCUCCGAAUGAAGUGUACAACUUUACGAGUGCAGAUCUGAUUGAUGAAGCGCAGAUUGGACGUGGAAAUUUUGGUACUGUGAAAAGAAUGUUGCAUAAACAGUCGGGACGAGUUUUGGCUGUUAAAUUGAUUCGAUCUAACACUGUCAAUGAAACCGAGAAGAAGUUUUUAUUGAUGGAGCUGGAAGCUAUUAUGAAUAGUGAUUGUGAGAAUAUUGUGCAGUUUUAUGGAGCAAUUUUUUGUGAGGGAGCGUGUUGGAUUUGUAUGGAGAUGAUGGAUUUGUCAUUAGAGAAGCUUUAUAAAAUAGUUUAUGAGAAGCAGAAUAGCCAAAUACCAGAGCAAAUUAUUGGUUACAUAGCUGUUUCGACUGUGAACGCACUGAGUUAUCUGAAGGAACACUUGAAAAUUAUUCAUAGAGAUAUAAAGCCGUCAAAUAUUUUAUUGGAUCAUAAAGGAUUUAUAAAAUUAUGUGAUUUCGGUAUUGCUGGCCACUUAAUAGAUUCAAUAGCAACGACACAGGACGCAGGAUGUAGACCUUAUAUGGCACCAGAACGACUGCAGUCAAAUCAACCGUAUGAUGUGCGUUCAGAUGUUUGGUCGCUUGGGAUAACUUUGUUCGAGAUUUCAACUGGACGUUUCCCGUUCACAGCAUGGGGAUCUCCAUUCGAGCUGUUGCAGGAGGUGGUGAAUGGAGAUCCUCCAGUAAUGCAAUUAGGCAACUAUUCAGCGCAUUUGGUGACAUUCGUAAAUAAUUGUUUAAUAAAAGGUCGUGAAGAACGUCCGAAAUACCGAGAUCUGAUGGCGAUGGAAUUCUAUAAGACGUAUAAUUUGAAGAAUGAUUCAGAGGUGUUGAGUGCACGUGAUAUGAUUGGUGAAUUUGUGCGUGAGGCAUUGAAAUGCGAUCGUGAUAGUAGUUUAUUGGAUGAGAUUGAUAACGAUGAGGAGAGUUUGUUUGAGAUGUGCAGCGUGCAAGCAGCACCGUGCCAAGCGGUUAAGAACCGUUCCGAGUGGGUGCAGUUUUCGUGA